AUGUUGUUUAUUUCAUUGUUAUGUUCAUUUAUUCUGUAUUAUUGUAUAUACAGAGUUAUUUUCUCAAACGACUUACAAAAUGAAUCCUUUUUGGAAACUGACAAGUGCCCUGCUUGUUUUGGCUCUUCUGCUUGUGGUAUGCUCUUAGACAAUCAUAUAAAGCUUACUGGAUGGUCUAAAGUAAGAUUUUUGGAUGUAGUAAAUGUGAAAAAUGUUCAUUUUGGAAAACACAUCUAUAGUGAAGAGGAUGUUGUAUUGAAGAAGUUAGCUCUAAACAACGAACUAGUCAAGGUUGAUAAUGCUCUGUGUAAAGAUGCUAACAGACCAGAAGGUUGUGAUAUCGCACGAGUGAUUUACAAAACAAACACAGCCCAUGCCUUGAAAGAUAAACCAAUACUACCAAAACAUUUAAAUAGUUUAGAAAUUGGGAUGUUUACAUGUGGUAGCUAUAGAUUAUUAGAUAAAUUAUGGAGUAAAUACCAAGAAAAACAACCUAAUAAUGUUAUUUUAUAUAGAGAUAAAGUACAACUAAUGUAUAUAUCUAUGGUGAAUACUGAAUCACUUCUUAUGCAGACGUUUCCUGCAAGUGAUGGCUGGCCAUUCCCAAAAUAUUAUGGUGCAUGUGGGAGAUUUGUGGUUUUAGAAAAUGCUGGAAAACCUUUAACUGAAUAUUAUAAUGCUCCAUUUUCUACAAGGGUUGAUUUAGCUUAUCAGUUGAUGAAAAUGGCUAUUUUAAUGAGUGAAAAUAAAGAAGAUUUUAUAUUAUACUGGACUGAUAUACAGUAUGAAAAUUUUGCUGUUGAUGUUGCUGGUAAAGUGAAAAUAAUUGAUGCUGAAAAUAUCAUUGUUGUUGAUAAAAUGGCUAUCGAAGCUAAACAACCAUUAGGCUGGUCGGAACCGUAUGAAAGUAAGUUUGAUGAUUGUGAAGGUCGGAACUGUUUAACAUUUAGUACUGAUAAUCUAUGUCGGCAUAUGUCUUCAGACCAUAACUAUUAUGCGUUAUGCCGUAACUUACUGUCCAAAUAUGGCACGGAGCCGGGAAUGUCAGGAGGUUUGUUACAUGAUAUGCCAAAAUAUGCCGAGGAUGAUUGGGAUUUACUGAAUUUGCUCAAUGAAUGUGCUUAUCCUUCUAAACCUAAUGGUAGAUUUAUAGUUAAAGAAACACUUCUAAGUGCUUUUGACAAUUUACGAAAUGUGGACAAAGUCAAAGACGUCAAAUUUGGAGAAACACAAAAUGAUGUGAAAAUUAAUUCUAAACAUAACUCAGUGAAAAAAAUAAUAAAUUCUAUUGCAGAUGAAACUAAGUGA